AUGGUGAAUAAAAAAGUUUUGAAAGAUAAUUUAUUUAACAUAAUAAAAUACAAUGUUCACAAUAACUCUGCUUUUAAUAUAUGUGGAAAGAUAAAAGUUGCAAAUCCUAUAGUAGAAUUGGAUGGAGAUGAAAUGACUAGAAUAAUAUGGAAGGAUAUAAAAGAUAAACUAAUAUUACCUUAUUUAGAUUUAAAAAUAAAAUAUUUUGAUUUGUCAAUUCAAAGUAGAGAUAAAACAAAUGAUGAAGUAACUUUGGAAGCAGCAGAGGAAAUUAAAAAACAUUCUGUUGGUAUAAAAUGUGCAACUAUUACUCCUGAUGCAGCAAGAGUAAAAGAAUUUAAUUUAAAGCAAAUGUGGAAAAGUCCAAAUGGUACCAUAAGAAAUAUAUUAGAUGGUACUGUUUUUCGAGCACCAAUACUAAUUAAAAAUAUACCAAGACUUAUACCCAAUUGGAAGAAACCUAUAAUAAUAGGAAGACAUGCAUAUGCUGAUCAAUAUAAACAGAAAUCACUAAAAAUUGAUAAAACAGGAAAAUUUGAAAUUGUUUUUACUCCAGACGAUAAUUCUGGAGUUAUUAGAGAAACUAUAUUUAAUUUUAAAUCACCUGGUGUGUGCUUAGGUAUGUAUAAUACAGAAGAAUCUAUAAGGAACUUUGCCUUAUCAUGCUUUCAAUAUGCAUUAGACCUUAAAAUGCCUGUUUAUAUGAGCACAAAAAGUACUAUACUAAAAAUUUAUGAUGGAUUAUUUAAAGAUAUAUUUAGUGAAAUUUAUGAAGAGAAAUUUAGAAAGUCAUUUGAACAACAUAAUUUAUGGUAUGAACAUAAAUUAAUUGAUGAUAUGGUUGCACAGGUUUUAAAAUCGGAAGGAGGAUUUGUAUGGGCAUGUAAAAAUUAUGAUGGUGAUAUACAAUCAGAUGCAGUUGCACAAGGAUAUGGAAGUCUAGGAUUAAUGAGUUCAAUCUUAAUGUGUCCCGAUGGAGUUACAUGUGUUGCAGAAGCUGCACAUGGUACUGUCACAAAGCAUUAUAGAUGCUACCAAAAAGGACAAAAAACUUCAACAAAUCCAAUCGCCUCUAUUUUUGCGUGGACUAGAGGACUUCAACAAAGAGCCAAAUUAGAUAAUAACCAAAAGCUACAACAAUUUUGUUAUGCCCUUGAAAAAGCAUGCAUUGAAACUGUUGAAGAUGGGUUAAUGUCUAAAGAUUUAGCAGCUUGUAUUAAAGGAAUAAAAAAUGUUACAGAAAAGGAUUAUUUGUAUACCGAUGAUUUUAUAGAUGCAAUUAAUGAAAAACUCAAAUUAAAAUUACUAGUUUACCAAUCAAAAAAUGAUUCACAAGCUACUACCACAAAAUUAAAUAAUGAUAAUUGGAAUCAUUAUGCUCCACAGGAACAUUCCUCGUAA